GGAGAGAGGGAGAGGAGAGAGGAGGGCAGGACUGGCAGGGUGCGGUCUGAAGUGGCAACAGAUCGUUUUGGAUCACUCAUAGCCCUUCAAUUCAACUGGAAAGCUGCAGCUUGUUGCACGCCGGCCGCAUAUGGAGAAGAAACGCUUUCAAUCCAGAGAGGGCACCAACCAAACAGCAGGCGACAGUGGCUGAUGUUGUGACAGUUUCCCAGAGCAAAAGAAAGAGAGGGAGAGAAACCACAACACUGCAACUUGGUUAUCAGUAACCACUCUCUCUCUUUAACUCUCUCACCCACCAAAUCGACUUUGAACCUGUUUGUUUAAAUACACGGACUUUACAGCCUGCACACUUACUGUUGAUUCUGUAAGGCGGAGGGAGCGAGGUUUCUCAAUUGGGUUCAAUUUUUCUGGAGCAGCUAAAAACUUUUUAGUCUCCUCAUGGUGCCUGGCACAGCCGCGACGCUGAGCUUCUCCUAUCCGAGUUUUUCGGACGUGAUGUUGCGACUGUUACGGACGAUGGAGUCGGGAACUGAACCGGGGAGGUACUGAAGACAUCUCUCUCCCUCGGGAGAGUCCUCCCUCCCCCCGGGGCGAUGCGGAUCUCCUUCCUCCUUCUCACCACCUCUCUGUGUGCCUUGGUCCUCCUCCUCGCACCUGCCUCGGAGGGCUGCGGGCCGGGGAGGGGGUACGGCAAGAGGCGGCUCCCGAAGAAGCUCAUCCCGCUUGCUUACAAACAGUUCAGCCCCAACGUCGCCGAGAAGACGCUGGGAGCCAGCGGGAGACCCGAGGGCAAAAUAACGCGCAACUCCGAGCGCUUUAAAGAACUGACUCCGAAUUACAACACAGAUAUCAUCUUCAAAGAUGAGGAGGACACGGGCGCUGACAGGCUCAUGACCCAGCGUUGUAAAGACAAGUUAAACUCUCUGGCCAUCUCUGUGAUGAACAUGUGGCCUGGUGUUAAGCUCAGAGUUACAGAGGGCUGGGAUGAGGACGGUCACCAUUCAGAGGACUCGCUGCACUAUGAGGGACGGGCUGUUGACAUCACCACCUCAGACAGGGACAGAAAUAAGUACGCCAUGUUGGCCCGACUGGCCGUAGAAGCUGGAUUUGACUGGGUCUACUACGAGUCCAAAGCCCACAUUCACUGUAGCGUCAAGUCAGAGCAUUCUGUUGCAGCCAAAACCGGUGGUUGUUUCUCCAGCGAUGCCCAGGUCAUCCUCAAGAGAGGGGCUACUAAACAGAUGCGUGACCUUCUUCCUGGCGACCAUGUUUUGGCGUCUUCAACAGCAGAUGGUCACGGCCCCCUACUCUACAGCCCGGUCUUGUCCUUUCUGGACCGCCAGCCUAACGUCACAAAGAUCUUCUACAUCAUUGGCACCAACGCAGGACUUAAUAUUACUCUUACGGCUGCUCACCUGAUCUUUGUCACAGACUGCACUGGUGGGCUGAGGGAGCCACAGUGGGAUGAGACAGCUGAAGCACAAGAUUUGGGUUCAAUACGGGAGGGCAGGCCUCACUGGGAAGCAGGUGGUCUGAGGACAGUUUUUGCCAGUGAGGUCCAGCCAGGACAGUGCGUACUUACAUCACAAGGGAAAGUGGGGUCGCGGGCAGCACUUUCAGUCGUAACCUUUGUGGAGGAACAGAGGAGCACCGGGUUGUACGCCCCUCUAACCCAGCAUGGGUCCAUUGUGGUGAAUGGUGUGCUGGCAUCCUGCUAUGCUGCUGUGGACAAUCACCAUUUGGCCCACUGGGUCCUGGCCCCACUGAGAUUUUUCUACAGCCUGAUGGGACCUUCAGAACCGCAGACUGACGGCCUGCACUGGUACCCUUGGCUUCUACAGAGGCUGGGGCAAAUGCUGCUGGACGCUAGACACUUCCACCCCUGGGGGAUCGAAGAAGGACAUAGAUAGGAGCCACAGAGAUAUGUUUCACACUGAUGACUUCAUUCACUUGCCUGUAAUCAGGAGCACCAAAGCACAGGCUGAGGGAUCCACACAAGACAAUUGAUUUUAUUAUGGAAAUGUGUUUUUACCAGCUCUACUUGCCUGUGUUUACUGUAUGUUGACAAUUGUACAUGUGCCAUACACAUGCAGUUGUGCAAAAGUCAAAGGGAGGAGACUGGGAAGAUUAAUUGUAUACUUUUGGUAAUUGUAAUUUUAUUAAUCCCAAAGAGAGGACAGGGAUAUGACAGAAAAUCCAAGAUGGUUCUGUAAGUGCUUGAUUCAAUUUUAAGCUUUAAUACCAACAGAAGUACUGAUCUA